UCCUCGCCCCCCAUGGCCGCAUCGGCGUCGGCGCCGGGCGCCGAGCCCCAGAAGCAGCUCCUGUCCAUCAUCCGCGACUUCGCCGCCGAGAAGUCCCACGGCGAGCGCACGGUGUCGGGCCUGAAGCGGCGCCUCGACGACGUGCUCGCGGCGGCCGACGCGGCCACGGCGGAGCUCGACGCCGCCAAGCGCGCGCGGGAGGCCGCGGAGACGGACCUGCGCGGGACCCAGGUGCAGGCCUCCAUCGCCGCCGCGACCAUCCAGGCGCUCGAGGCGACCAUCUCGCAUCUCCAGGAGGAGAUCGCGAAGCUGGGCUCCGAGCUGGAGGAGCUUAAGAGCAAGGAAGACAGUGAGAGAGACGAGUUCAUCAGCCAGAUGGUUGAAAUGAAUGCAAGGAUAAGGCAAUUUCAACAGAUGGCUUCUGUUGAAUUAGCAAGGAAAUGCUCUGAAGUGUCAACAGAUGGUGAGCAAGGCAAGGCAGCAGACGGUAAUCAAGGCAAGGGAACAGAUGGUCAUAAUGUGAGCGACAAGAAUGAAACUGCUGAAUCAGAAGACAUGGUGACAGAUCUGGCUGAUAAGUUGAGCAAUAUUGAGGCUGAGAUGCAUGCCUUGGAGGAAGAGUAUCAAAAGGAUCUGCUUGAUCAUAAACAGGUCUGUCAGGAACUGGCUGAUGUCCAAGCAAAGAGAGCUCUAAUAGAGGCUGUGAUGGAUGAGACGAAGCAGUUGCAGGAGGUCGGGGGGCGCGUGGCGGAAAUGGAGAAAGUGCUCAAUUCAGUUGCUGAGGAGCUGCAGAGGCGGUACAUGUGCCGUGGCUGCGGUACCAACAACAUGGGUGGGAUGGGGGAGGCGGCGCGGACGUCUUCCAACUAACUAGACAGCGCAGAGCUUGAUGUACAUUGGCAGGAUCAGUAGGUUGGUAUGAGUAAAAGUUGUUGGUUGAUCAUCCGGCUAUACCCUUUGGCAGAGAUCGUUGCAUACGAUUACAGUGAAGCCCCUAGAACAUUGUUUUAACGCCUUCUGUGAUCAGUACGAAUACAUGGCUUGUAUCUGUUUCUUGGAUGUACAUCGAAUGGGUCAAUACCAAGAAACCCUCCUUUUCUUCUUA